CGUUGAGGAUUUGAGAUUAACGCAGAGAAGACUUUUGAGAGAGAAAGGAGCUUAGCUUUGAGAUUUCAGAUCCAAUCUUCUUUUUCAUAAGAGCAUCGUUGAAAUUAAAGAGAGAAGACUUUUGAGAGAGAGAGAGAAACGUGAAAGAAACUUAGCUUUGAGAUUUCAUAUCCAACUUCUUCUUCUUCAAAAUCUCUUAGUAAACGACCAUGGAUUCUAAGGGAGUGUUAAUGCCGUUGAUCCACGAGCAUCUUAUGAUGCCUUGGAAAAAUCUGAAAAGAGGUCCUUGCUGUGGUUGCUGUGGACGCUUUGAAGCUAUCAGUGAUGGAUACUACUGCAAAACCUGCGAUUUUUUCGUCCGAAAAAAUUGUGCUGACGAGCCCUCCGAAUAUAUCAAGCAUCCAUCUCACCCCAAGCACACUCUUCAGCUGCUAAGACCUGAAAGACCUACUAAUUUCUGCAAUUUGUGUGGAAGGAUGUGCCCAAUAUUCUAUCGUUGUGAUCUAUGUGACUUCGACAUGGAUUUAUACUGCUCAAAGUAUCCACCACCAGAGGUUAUUGACAUUUCCAAGACGCAUCACCACAGGCUUACCCUUCUCAAGAAGUGGAUCAAGCAAUGUAUAUGUGCUAAAUGUUGCAAGAUUAUUGGUAAUGAGUUUCCUUACAAUUGUCAUGAAUGUGAUUUAUCCUUUCAUGUGGAUUGCGUAUGGUAUCCGCCCGAACUAGAACUCCGUUUAGAGGUAAACCAUUCUUACCACUCUUUACACCCUCUUAAACUCUACGCAAAGGGUCAGUUACCGGAUUAUUCUGAUGGGAAAUGUCGUCUUUGCGCAAGAAAGAUUGAUGAAACAUUUUUUUUCCAUUGUUCUCCGUGUAACUUUACCUUGGACAAGGUUUGUGUUUUGCGCCCACCACAACAAUCUCUUCUGAAUUUGAAAGCUCAUGAUCACCAACUCACCCUUCUCCCAAAACUCGAUUCUUUUACAUGCAAUGCUUGCGGGCUGAAGGGAGAUCGUAGCCCUUACGUAUGUUUUCAAUGUGGUUUCAUGAUCCAUCAAGACUGUCUUGGCCUUCCACGCCUCAUCAACAUUAACCGGCAUGAUCACCGUGUUUCUCGAACUUCUGUUCUUGGUGUUGUGAAUUCUGUAUGUGGAGUUUGUCGCAAAAAGGUGGACUGGUCUUAUGGAGGUUUUUCUUGUCAGAGGUGUCAUGGCUAUGUUGUUCAUUCAAAAUGUGCUACUAGAAAAGAUGUGUGGAAUGGGAAAGAACUUGAAGGAUUACCCGAAGAAACAGAAGAUAUAGAGCCAUAUGUGGUGAUAGAUGAAAACACAAUACAACAUUUUAGUCACAAAGAGCAUUACCUAAGACUCAACGUUAAUGGUGUUCUAUGUGAUGACAACAAGCGGUGCAAGGCAUGCACCCAUCCCAUCUGUCUCCAGUCUUUCUACGGCUGUAUGGAUUGUAACUUCAUUCUCCACCAAAACUGCGCUGGAUUUCUUAGAAUGAAAUGGCAUGUGCUACACAAUGAACGUCUUACGUUGGUUACAAACAAGGAUGAAGGCUUUAGGUGUUAUGCUUGUGAUAGAUUGUCCAAUGGUUUCAAGUACCAGCAUGGGAAUAAGGCAUUCGAUGUUCGGUGCAUUUCAAUUUCUGAGCCACAUAUCCAUCCAAGUCAUCCUAAUCAUCCCUUAUAUUACUUUCCAUCAGACGAAGUACAAUGGUGCACUGGUUGCAACAUGGAGCAGGACUUUGUGCUUAGUUGCAUUGAAGAUAAUUGUGGAUUUUUAUUAUGCUUUGGAUGCGCCACUUUACCACAAAUGGUAAAGCAUAGAGUUCAUGAUCAUCCUCUCUCACUAUGCUAUGGCGAAAAGGCAAGUGGUAAAUAUUGGUGUGACAUUUGUGAAAAAGAAACAAAUCCACAUACAUGGUUCUAUACGUGUAAAGAUCAUCAGGCUAGUUUGCAUACAAAGUGUGUGCUUGGAGACCUUUCAAGUCUCAUGCGAAGAAGCACAAUAAAAAUUGAGGGCACUUCAUAUGAGGUGGUGCUCAAUAAUAGUAUAUCUCGUCCAUUUUGCAGCUGGUGUAAGAUGCAUUGUAUUUUUCCUAUCAUCUUGAAGACACUUGGAGCCACGAAUGAAUACUCCUGCUCUCUUGAAUGUGCAGAGUGUAGAUAUACAGACCGUUAAAGCCCAAAAUGAAGCAAGAUGUUUAGCGAGUCGAGGUUUUUCUUGUAAUGUUAUUUUUUUUCUUUCUUACGAGUUCAUUUCCUUUAUAAGUUGAUUUCCUUAAUGUAUUAAAUAUCUAAGAAUUUUCUGGCACCAAACUCCAUAUACAAUGUGUGUGUUGUAACAUAUAUCAUAUGAGGUGGUGCUCAAUAAUAGUUUAUCUCGUCCAUUUUGCAUCUGGUGUGAGUUGCGUUGCAUUUUUCCUAUCAUCUUGAAGAUACUUGGACCCUCGGAUGUU